CUAUUUAUGUUUAACAAAUCAUUUUAAAGUUUAUAAUUCCAAAUCCCUUUUCGUAGCUAUUUCCAUAAGCCAAAUCCUUCGUCGAUUGCUCGCAAAAUCUUGAAAUUAGUUGCUUGCCAGCGAACCUCUCCCUUAAAAACCCUAAUUCGCCUCAAAUCCGCGACAAUUUUCCGAUCAAUCUCAUCUCGUGCACACCCUUUUUUCCCAAAUUCAAAAGCCUCACGCCGAUUUUACCGCAAAAUACCGAACGUUUCGAUGAUUCAACGGCUGGGGUUUUCACCUGCGUAGUUGCUUGGAUAAUGGGGGCUCUAACCAGCAACAGGAAGCGAGGAGACGAUUACUUCAAAAACCUUUUGUUUGAUCAAUCGCACGGCCACAUCUCAAAAAAACCGAAGCUUUCAGCUUCGAUGAGUCAAACUAAGGAGGAUACUAAUCGGGCGGCGGCGGCGAACUCGUUUGCUGCCAGAAUUGCUCAGUAUCCGGAUAGGAAAUUGGGGUUUCCGAGAAAAGUUCACGCCCCAGUUAACCAUAGAUUUGGAAGUUCUUCUUCUAAGAAUACUGUAUCUGCUGCUGUUGGUUCUAGGGAAUCCCCAUCUGAUCAAAUGGGGAAAUUUAGUUUUCUCUCGCGGCUUUUAAACUUGGAAAAACUGAAGGACUCGGCAUUUAGAUCUAUCAGGCAUAUCAUUCCAGUGAAACAGAAAGAGAAGGAGGUGAUUGAGCUUGAUAGCAGCGAAGACCAGGAUUGUGAUGCUGUCUCUGAUGAUUCUAGCAUAGAAGAGGUGGAGAUUGUGGAUUCCCAGGAGAGAAGGUGGAACGGGGGAGAAUGGGUUGUGGAGAAAGAAGUGCGGUCUUUAGAUUCUUCUGUGGUCACUGAUGUUAGCAACGCGGCAAAGGUUGAUGAUUUGAAGAAUAAUGGAUUGUCGUUGUUGGACCGAAUGACUGAUGAUUCGGAGGUGCCACUGUAUAAGAGAUGGUAUGAUAAUACAAAGAAAAGCGAUGCUAAGCUUGCCCACAUAAGUUUUAAUAUAGAUUUACAAGAAAAGAGGGCUCAAGGGUUGCAGUUAUUGCGGCCUCCAAAGAAAGAAGAGCCUAUUAAGAAGGAUGUGACUGAGGAGUGCUUCGUGCCUCUUACUCGUGACGAAAAGGAUGAGGUUUCUCGUGCCUUGUCUAAUUCCUACAGGAGAAAAGUUUUGGCCACUCAUGUGAAUUCAGGCAUUGAUAUUUCUGGAGAAAUACUACAAUGUUUGAGGCCCGGAGCAUGGCUUAAUGAUGAAGUCAUUAAUGUGUAUCUUGAGCUGUUGAAAGAAAGGGAAAAUAGGGCGCCAGAGAAGUUUCUGAAGUGCCAUUUCUUUAAUACCUUCUUCUACAAGAAGCUCAAUGGUCGGGGUGGCUACAAUUUUCAAUCAGUUCGAAGAUGGACUACACAGAGAAAGCUCGGAUAUAGUCUUUUAGAGUGUGACAAAAUUUUUGUGCCUAUCCACAAAGAAGUCCAUUGGUGUCUGGCAGUAAUCAACAAAAAGGAUGAAAAGUUUCAGUAUCUUGAUUCGCUUGGUGGUCAUGAUUAUCAAGUUCUGAAUGCACUGGCCAAGUAUUUUAUGGAUGAGGUGAAGGACAAGUCUGGAAAGGAUAUUGAUCUUAACUCAUGGGAGAAAGAAUUCGUCACAGAACUUCCAGAGCAGUUAAAUGGGUUUGAUUGUGGUGUGUUCAUGAUUAAAUAUGCCGACUUCUAUAGCAGGGAUAUUGGACUUUGCUUUAGCCAGGAUGAUAUGCCAUAUUUUAGGCAGAGGACAGCGAAGGAGAUUUUGAAAUUGAGAGCAGACUGAUGAACAGAGAUCUGUUAGAUGAGAAUGAUAGAAAUUGGAUUAUCAUAUUGUAAGAUGUGCUUUCUGUAAAGUACAAAGAUGGAGUUCACAUUGGGGUGAUACAUCCUUGCAAAUUCAAACCCUGCAGUUGCUGAAGUUGCCAGCCUCUUUCAUCAAACUUGCUUGUAAGCUUCAGCGAAAGCACCGAAACUGUACAUGAAUACAAGUGUUGAGCAACAUGGCUUGAUGGUCACCUGGUUGAUUAUAAAUAGUCGAUCAUCAGAUUAUAAGUUCAUAACCAUAGCCCAUUCCUGAGUUGGUCUAGAAGAUCUACUAAUUCUUUUUUUUAAUUUUACUACAGUGAUGAUUCGAUGCGGUUUUUAUUUCAUGUAAUGUGUCCAUAGUAAUUUUGCAGUUUAGCUAUCAGAUUUUGUUUUUUUUGGUGGGGCUAAGUCUCUGAUAUGUCUUAGUCUUGAGUGUUUAACUUUACUCAGGAAAUGUAACUCCAUGUUUGAUAAAAAUUGACGCGGUUAAUGGAGAUUUUUCGUGUAGAUUUGCGUGA